AUGCGCUCCCACCCUUCUAAGGCACAACCCGACCGCCUUAACAACGAUUAUACUUAUUACAUCCCCGAUAUCUUACUAGAAAGAUUGCAACAACCCAGCGUGCUCGUGCCGUUACUCCUCCUUCUAUUCACUAUCUUCUACCAGUACCUCCAUACUUCUCCCUUCUCGCAACCGCGGCAUCCCAGAGAGCUUAUCUGGGAUUUUAUAAUAACUAUAACUCCCGCGACCGUACUCUAUGCUCUCGACGGCUGGCUACACCCACCGAUAUUCCCGACUACGGGGUCUAUGUCAUCCACUCAACAUCGAUCGCACGUCACAAAGAGUGAACUUCUUAGACGAAUACUUGGGAUGGAUGGGCCAGGUGGCAUAAUAACAUCCGUUGCCGACGCCGGCAGAAGAAGUCUUUCUAGUUUAUCAAGCAGCACACUUGUCAAAUAUAAGACCGACCAACCCCCCGGCCUGGGAAACUACGAUAAUUCCUGCUUCCAGAACAGCAUCCUUCAAGGACUAUCGUCGCUAAGGCCAUUCCCGUUAUAUCUUGCGAGAGGCCUCGAACAAGAUGGUUCUGAUAGUGAUGGGGAGUUGGGUUCAGCGAGUUCGUUACGAGACCUCAUUUCGAAGUUAACGGGCAAUAAUUAUAAUGGAAAGACCUUAUGGACGCCGAAGAAGCUAAAAUCUCUAGACACUUGGCAACAGCAAGACGCUCAGGAAUAUUUCUCUAAAAUACUAGAAGAAGUUGAAAAGGAGAUCAUGAAAACAGUAAAACCUAUUUCCAAUUCACCCGGGUUUGAAGCGGUUGGUAUAAGAGAUGAUACCGAAGACAGCCAGCACAGUGAUGACAGCGGAUAUCAGUCACUACCAGUUCUUUCUAAAGCCGGAUCGGAUGCUAGACUUUUAAGAAAUCCACUAGAGGGCUUAGUAGCACAACGAGUAGCAUGCGUUCAGUGUGGCUAUUCCAACGGGCUUUCCAUGACCCCAUUCAACUGUCUCACUCUCAACCUCGGACUUGAGCAAACAGAACACGAUCUCUAUGAGCGACUGGAUUCUUACACAGAUUUAGAGACAAUCGAAGGAGUUGAGUGUGCCAAGUGUACACUACUAAGCUAUCGGAAGCUGCUAAAAAUCCUACAGUCUCGUAGAGGAGACGACGGGACCGAAACUGAAUUACGAAAGCUUAAUUCCCGAUUAGAAGUUGUGGAACUUUCUCUUGAGGAGGACGAUUUCCAGGAAACUACCUUAAAAGAUAAAUGCGAAAUACGGAAACGAGUCAGCUCGGCUAAGACCAUACAGGUAGCUAUAGCACGCCCACCCCAGAGCCUUGCCAUUCAUAUGAAUCGUUCGGUAUUUGACGAAAAUACGGGUCGUAUGUUCAAGAACCCCGCAGCGGUGCGAUUCCCUAAAAUGCUCGACCUUGGUCCAUGGUGCUUAGGGAGUGCCAGCGGACCAGUUAGCCUUAUUCAGGGAAAUGUGGAUUUUGCAGCCAGUACUUCUGAUGACGAAGAGCAAUGGGUUACGGAUCCAAAGCUAUCGAUGGUUUCAGGUGAUAUGAGGCCAUCUAGGAUUAGUGGUCCACUUUAUGAGCUACGCGCGGUCAUAACUCAUCAAGGACGACAUGAAAAUGGCCAUUAUGUUUGUUAUCGAAGACAUCCCUGUAAGCCAUCGAAACUUAACGACGAAGAAUCCGACUCGGGUAUUGGAAGUGAUAAUACCGCAGGAGAUGAAAGUACCCUAGUCGAUGGAGGCGAUGGAGACGAUGGCGGGUGUACCGACUCAGAUACAGAUGCGAAAUGGUGGCGCCUAAGCGACGAGAGUGUGUGGGAGGUAUCCGAAGAGACCGUCUUGGCACAAAGUGGAGUAUUCAUGCUUUUCUAUGAUUGUAUCGAUCCAAACUCUGUUCUUGUCUCUGCAAUUCAACAUGAAAAAGAACAGGCGGAGUCGGGCGGCGAUACCUUCGCAUCUCCCGGAGGCCAGGAUGUCGGUAAUGCUGCAGAGCCAAGCAAUACUGAAGGAUUAGAGGAUGAACCUUUGGAUAGUGGCGAGCAACUUUACGAUAUACCCUCGACCGAAAAGCUUUCGGGGAUAGCCCGUACGGACGGUAUUACUAGCCCGCUAAGUGAUAAUAGUCUCAAGGUCGAAACCGAUAGUACACAACCACUAGGAUCGAUUCUUACGCCGCUUCUCAAGGACGGCGAAAGGGUGGAUCCUACAAUUCCCCUUUAUCGGCCUAAUAGUUGA